AUGGACCCGAGGGAGAAGGCAGCAAAACAGGCAGAGGCAGUUCAGGAACAGUUGAGAUUGCAGUUCGAGCAGAUUUCUGGACCAAGUGGAUCCAAAAGAAGUGUCCAGAAGCUUGCGAAGGAAAAAACUCAAGCACAUCCUAAGAAGGGAGCAAAGAAGGAAGGCCGCACCGAGGGAGAAGAACCUGUGACGGUUGUGACGGCAAAGUGCAAAGAGCCUGAGAUCCCGGAGCCGAAGCCGAAGGCAUCUCAAGCCAAAAGAAAGGUCGAUGUGAAGAAGCCGAGCAUGGAGGGCAUGCAAGGCAUCCAGAGUAUCUGCUCGCAGUCACCUUCCGGGAAGUCCCUGAAACGCCUGUCGAACACCCAGAGUGAGAAGAAGUCGCAGAAGGCACAGAAGGAUCAGAAGGAUCAGAAGGAUCUGGCUAAGCUGCCCCAAUCCAGGGAGGCAAAGACCAAGCUGAAAGUGCAGGAGUCGCAGAAGGCACAGAAGGCCAAGAAACUGAAGACUGGCGAGGAGCUCAAGGAGAUCGACAGCAAGGUUGGACACGGGUGA